AUGCAUAAAUUCCUACAGAAGCUCGAGGAUAAAGUCGACGAGCUGCUGGGCCAGGAGCCAGAGGAGCACUCCCACACUAAUGAGGGAACAUGUGAUAACUCUCAUCCUGUGGAACACACCAACAAUCGUUAUCACUCGUUCAGCCCUCAGACAUCUGGAACCCCCAAGUGGUACGUUGACGGCGCGUCGUAUUUCUGGGCCGUCUCUCAUGCCCUUGAAGAGGCAAGAGAAAGUAUCUACAUCCUAGACUGGUGGUUGAGUCCCGAGCUCUACUUGCGUCGGCCCCCUGCCCGCAAUGAGCAGUAUCGCCUAGACCGUAUGCUUCAAGCUGCGGCCGAACGGGGCGUGCAAAUAAGGAUUGUCGUUUACAAGGAAGUGCCCCAGGCAUUGACAUUGAACUCGGCACACACCAAACAUUGGCUUGAAGGACUACAUCCCAACAUUAAAGUUUUCCGUCAUCCUGACCACACCCCAAAUGCCAACGACGUCCGCGUUGAGCUUGCAGACUCGUUCCAGAACAUUUCUUUGGGUUCAUUUAAGCUUUCUACCUUACCUCUUGACACACUCAAGAGUCUGUAUGGCACAGCAGAUGACAUUGUCCUUUACUGGGCACACCAUGAAAAGCUUCUGAUUGUGGAUAAUCAUGUUGCGUUCAUGGGAGGGCUGGAUAUGUGCUUCGGCAGAUAUGAUACCAAUAGCCACCCCAUCGCCGACGUUCACCCCGGAGAUCUAGAGAAGAUUGUCUUCCCCGGACAAGACUACAACAACGCCAGAGUCUAUGAUUUUGAAAAUGUAGACAGAUGGGAGAACAACAAACUGGAUCGCACCAAAAACUCGAGGAUGGGCUGGUCCGAUAUUUCCAUCAGUUUGAGCGGCAACAUUGUUGGCAGUCUCCUUAUUCAUUUUGCCGAGCGCUGGAACUAUCUCUACGAAAAGAAGUACAGGACUAGAACUGAUCGUGACUACAAACCCAUUGAUGUACCUGGGACGCACGCGCCUCCGGCACCAGGUCUUUUGCCCGAGGGCGAGCAUUACUUUGGUGGUCUCCAACGCCACUUCCACCGUCACCUUGACCGUUACCUACAGGGCCAAGAUGCCGCGCAGGAGCAGCACAAUCGGAGCGCCGGCGAAGGUCGGGAUGCCGGUAAUGGCAGUGAAGCCCAUAUACAGCUUACUAGGAGGCAAGUGUUAUUCCGUGUCAACGUCUACUACGCCACGCAGUGGAGCUCGGGGAAAGCGACAGAGCACUCGAUAGCUAACGCCUACAUCGACGCCAUCACCAACGCCCAGCAUUUUGUGUACAUCGAGAACCAGUUCUUCAUCACGGCCACGGGUAACCACCAGCGACCGGUGGAGAACCAGCUUGGUGCAGCGAUUGUCAAUCGUAUAGUGCGGGCCCAUCAGAACAACGAGGUGUUCCACAUCUUCGUCUUGAUGCCAGCGGUUCCUGCCUUCGCCGGCGAUCUUAAGUCAGACGGUGCCCUGGGGACUCGUGCAAUCAUGGAGUAUCAAUACAACAGCAUCUCCCGGGGUGGACACAGUAUCAUGGAGGUAGCACGGCAGCAAGGCGUUGACGAUCCCGGCCGCUAUAUAUCGUUCUACAACCUGCGGAACUAUGACCGUAUCAACACAAGCGAAACGAUGCAAAGGGCGGAAUCGGAGAGUGGCGUCCAAUACGAAGAUGCUCGCCGGGAAUUUGACGAUAAUGCCGAGAGGCAUCACGAUAUGCGUGAACAGAACGAGGGACGCUACGGUGAACAGUACCGUCGAUACCAGGAUGCUGCUUCAAAGACGGAGGAUCGCAGCUGGGACACCAUAAGCGCCUGCUACAUGGACGGCGGUCCGCAAAUUCACAGCGUCCCCUGGCAUGGUAGUCCUGAAUCUGAAAUGGACGCCUUUGUCUCGGAGGAGCUUUACAUCCACUCCAAGGUUCUCAUUGCUGAUGACCGUCUCGUCAUAUGCGGGUCUGCCAAUCUCAACGAUCGGUCACAGCUCGGUAACCACGACUCGGAAAUCGCCGUUGUCAUCGAGGAUCCCACACCUGUGCGUUCCCGCAUGAACGAUCAGGAAUUUAUAGCCUCUCGAUUUGCCACCUCACUGCGCCGUCAGCUCUUCCGCAAACACCUAGGUCUUCUUCCCGACCAAAAGUGCGACCGACCCGAUGCCAACUGGACCCCGGUGACCAGGGACCCCAACCAGUACGAUUGGGACUCGCCGGCCGACGUCCUGGUGCAGGACCCAGUGAGCACGCGAUUCCUGGAGCUUUGGCGCAACACAGCACGCACCAAUACCGAGGUAUUCAGCAAGGCAUUCCACAAUGUUCCCAACAACGCCGUGCGAAACUGGGACGAAUACGACAACUUCUUCUCGCGGCACUUCAUCAUCCCUGGCGCCGAGGCCAAGGAGGGAGACGAGCAUCACGACGAGGACAACUCGGGCAAGGUCAAUUACGGCCACGUCGUGCGGGACGAGUUCCCUGGUGGUGUGGCGGAGCUCAAGGAUUGGCUCUCCCGCAUCAGGGGCUCACUGGUCGAGAUGCCACUGGAUUUUCUUGUCGAUGUUCCCGAAAUGGCCAAGCAGGGUCUAUCUCUGAAUGCGUUUACAGACGAGCUGUACACCUAA